CACCGAUCCCGAUUGCGGUGUAAACGCAAUGGUCAAUUAUACUCUGGCUGGCGGUCGAGUGGAGAACGAACAGCUCCUGGUGCGCAGUGAUACAGGGGAUAUUUGCAUCCGGUCGCCGCUAGACAGAGAAACAGUACCUUAUCUGGAACUGCCUGUCAUUGCCACGGAUAGAGGGGGAUUAAGUACGAUAGCGAUCGUGGGCAUCCAGGUAACAGACGUGAAUGACAACCGGCCGAUUUUCAAGCCACAUCAGUAUAACGUGACCCUGCGCAACGACGAUGUGACGCGCAGUUCGAUUUUGAAGCUGGUGGCGACUGAUCUUGAUAUCUCCGUCUUCGGUCAUGUCACCUAUCGCAUCAGCAGUGGCAAUGAGGACGGAAUCUUUCAAAUUGAUCGUAACACCGGCGAGCUGCACGUGGCGAGGCCGAGUCUGCUCUCGCGAUUGUCGUUGCAUCACAUCAAUGUGACGGCGACUGAUGCAGCCGGCCUGAAGAGUAUCGUCGACGCCGAGGUCAAGGUUACCGUCUCCUCCGCGGAGCACAGAAUCGCCACGUGCGAGAAACCGCGUUACACCGUCUCGGUCAAGGAAAAUAUUCCGCAGAAUUCCGUCGUCAGUGGCGUGAACAGUACCACGACAGCGUCAUCCUCGUCAACUGGCGAACGACCAAGCAGGUUUUAUCUGGCAAGAGAAGAAGCUGAUCUCUCGCUGGAUCCCAACACGGGGAUGCUAAGGAUUCGACAGCCGCUCGAUCGGGAAUCACGUGACAAAUAUGUUCUCAGCGUCGAGGCACGUAAUGGCGUCUCCGUUGGAUAUUGCCAGUUGGAAGUGAUUGUGGAAGAUGUGAACGACAACGCGCCGUCAUUUCGCACAAACACUGUCCGCAUCUCAGUGCCAGAAUCGCAUCCUCUUCAUGUGCCUUUGUACGUAGCGCACGCUACUGAUCCCGACAUUACGCCGUUGCUGCCGAUACGCUAUAUUCUCGGUCAGAACAGCAACAACCUGUUUGGGAUAGACGAGCGCACCGGCGAGCUCUAUUUGGCGAGGCGAUUGGAUUACGAGACUCAGCAGAGGCACGGUCUCCUGAUAAGUGCUCUGGACGGCGCCGGACUCUCGUCUAACCUCAGCCUGAGCGUCGAGGUGCAAGAUGUGAAUGACAACCCCCCAGUGUUCGAGAGGAACGAGUAUCAUGUGGAGGUUCCCGAAGGCGCCAGGCUCGAUUCCCAGAUUCUUCAAGUAACAGCGGUGGAUCUGGAUACGGGAAAUAAUGCGAGACUGAGCUAUCGUCUUCAAGGCUCCACCGCUUUUCGCAUCAGUCCCAACACUGGCUGGAUAUACCUCGCGCAGAGUUUGGACCGCGAGACUCUCGAUCGACACGCUUUGACGGUUCUCGCGAUCGACAACGGAUCACCUGCAGCGACCGCGAGUGCCUCCGUGCUGGUGAUGGUUCUGGAUGACAACGACAACGAUCCGCGAUUCGAGAAGGAGUUCUACGGAUUUGAGCUGCUUGAGAAUCUACCGUCAGGUACUUUAGUGGGUUCCGUGAGCGCCAUCGAUCCCGAUAUUGGCAAGAACUCGCUUCUUAGAUACACGGUGGUCCAAGCCAACAGCAGCUUCACUGUCGAUCCCGACACAGGCGAGAUUACCACGCGCGAGCCGCUCGACCGUGAAACGAAAAGCGUCCACGAGCUAGUUCUGGAGGCACGAGAUCAAGGAACACCGUCGAGAGCUGCCAGAGUGCCUCUGAAAGUCACGGUCCUAGACGUCAACGACAAUUCGCCUGAGAUCGUCGAUCCCCAGGGGGACGUGGUCAGUGUCAGGGAGGAGCAACCACCGGGAACGGAGGUCGCCAGGGUGCGAGCACUGGACAUGGAUCUCGGUGAAAACGCCUCAGUGACGUACAGCAUCCCGAAAGAUCGAGACUCGGACGGCUACAACGUCUUCACCAUCGACCCGAUCACCGGUAUGAUCAGGACCAAGGCCGUGCUUGAUCACGAGGAGCGCAACGUAUACCGGGUAUCCGUAAGGGCAACCGACGCUGGUCAUCCACCGCGACACAGCGAGCGCGUGUUGCGAGUCGAAGUUCUGGCACUUGCAGAUAACCGGCCGACCUUCACCAGCAGCAGUCUUACCUUUAACGUGCGCGAGGAUGCAAGUAUCGGGCAUGCAGUGGGAUCAGUUUCGGGAGCGGGUCCUGCAGGUCGCGUGGCUUUCACGUUGGACUCGCUGACGCCAAUCAGCGAGUUUCCAGCUUUCGACGUCGAUCGCAGCUCAGGCCAGCUGGUAGUCGCCCACUCGCUCGAUCGCGAGAAUGUAAGCGAAUAUCACCUGCAGAUUCGUGCAUUAGACACAACCUCACUCGGGAAUCCUCAAAGCAUCGCCGUUUCCGUGAAGAUCAUUAUAGAAGAUGCCAACGAUAAUCCACCGAGUUGGCCGCAGGAUCCGAUAAUUGUUCUCGUGUCCGAAACAACAGCAAUUGGCUCAACCAUUUACAACCUCACAGCCAGUGAUCUGGAUAGUGGCUUGAAUGGCGAACUUAGAUACGGUCUCGUAGCCGAGUUUCCAUCGAAGGGUUGCUUCACCGUGGAUUCUUUAACUGGCGCUUUAACGUUGGCCAAGCAAUUGGAUAGGGAAGAGAUAAUGCAGCACACUUUAAUCCUCAAAGCAUCGGACCGGGCACUACCAGGAGAGCAACUAGCUUCCACGGUCACCGCAAAAAUCAUCGUUCUUGAUGAGAAUGACAAUGAUCCAGUCUUCGUCGCGCCAGAAUUUACCAAGAUAAAUGUCCCAUCGAAUCUUCUACCUGGUGAUAGCGUAGUAAAAGUCGUCGCUGUAGAUAAGGACUUUGGCGACAACGGUCGAAUAUCUUAUGUGAUAACCUCGGACAAUAAGGAAACGCGACUCAUCAUGGGUUACGAGUCGGGCAUCGUGACCCUUGUGAAGCCCAUUACGGAGCCCAUGAAUGUCGAGAUUACGGCCAACGAUCACGGAACACCAUUCCGCAAGGCUACGCUGAACCUGAGUCUGAAUCCGGUGGCGGCACAAGCGAGCGGACCUCCUCGGCUAUUGUUGCCUAAUCCGAUUGUUAAGAUUUCCGAAAAUCUCCACGUCGGAUCGCAUGUGAUGAACGUUGCAGGACCAGCAAUUGCCGAUCAAGAUAACGUCACCUUUAGCAUCCCGAACGGCGUAGCUUCGAACAAGUUCGCCAUAUCGUCCAAUGGUCAAGUCACUCUUCGGGGUCCCCUGGAUCGCGAGGAAGUCUCGCAUUACUCAGUUUCUAUCUUGGCGAGGUCCAACAAGCUUCUGGACGUCACAACUCUGGAAGUUAUAGUGAUGGAUGAGAAUGAUAAUAGUCCAGAAUUUCGACCGGGUUCUUGCUACACCCUCGCCGUACCGGAAAAUCAGGAAACUUCUGUGAUCCACGUGAUAGCUGCUACCGAUCUUGAUGAUGGAAAGAACGGCGAAAUCUUCUACAGUAUCGAAAGCGGCAACAUCGGCGCCAAAUUCGUGUUACAUCCAUCUACCGGUGUAUUGUCGAUGUUGAAUCUGGAUCGUGAGAACGUGCCCAAGUACGUGCUAACGAUUUCGGCCAAGGAUAAGGGAAGACCGAGCAGAGAAGCGUACUGCAAUCUUACCGUGAUCGUGCUAGACAUCAACGACAACGCUCCGAUUUUCGUGCAGAAUUUGAACAGCGGUUUCCUAUACGGAUCAUCGGACUAUCCAGCGAAUUACUAUCCUUCAAAGUAUAUGACAACUAUCUCAGAGGACGUCCCGCCGGAUUCGAGCGUGUUGUCCGUAAAGGCGAUUGAUCCAGAUCAAGGUGUAAACGGGAAGAUUACAUACGCCAUCGCCGAAGAAACUAGCUGGCUCUUCAGGGUCGACAACCUGACUGGCGUUGUUACUACAGCUGGCCCAUUGGAUCGUGAACGUCAAAGCAACUAUACCUUCCUCGUGGUUGCCACGGACAGCGGCAUGUAUGAUGCGAAAAGCACAUCGAUACCCGUCGAGAUCAUCAUCAGCGAUAUAAACGACAACGCGCCAAUUUUCGAGGAGUACCCCUUUCGGACACGCGUGCCCAUCAGUACGAAACCGGGUCAGAACAUUCUCCGGGUAUCAGCCAAAGACGUUGACGACGGUGUAAACGGUGAUAUCGUGUACUCGUUGAUAAACGAGCAGGAGAAACCGAAAUUUCGAAUACAUCCUAGCACCGGCGAAGUAACGGCAAGCCUAUCAUUAUCGCAAGAUAAUGGCAAGACGUACUACCUGGAGGUGUUGGCCCAGGAUAAGGGUAAUCCGCCGAAGAGCGCUAAGGGCUUGAUCGAGCUUCAAGUCGGCCACCUCGUAGACCUGACGCCCAGCUUGAAAUUUCAGAAUGACACAUACAACGUCGUCAUUCAGGAAAAUUCAGCGGCUGGCACGGAGAUAGUUAAAAUCACCGCGGUACGUACCGAUGGUAGGAAACAGCGUGUCACGUAUUCGAUCGCGUCCGGAAACGACUACAACACCUUUGCGAUUGACGAAGACACUGGUCUGUUACGCGUCAAUGAUCCUACCAGGCUGGACGCGGAGCUUUGGAAUGACUUGACGGUAAAAUCCGAUAACGAACUGCCGGGUGACACGGGGCGCACAAAUUCGUGGGGCAGAUCCUUGGAAGGGCAGCAGUCGAAGGAGAUACCCAGAGAAAGCUCAAAGCAUAUUCUCAAUGUGAUAGCAAGGAGCCACGAGGUUCUGGAAGCAUACGUCAAAGUAAUUAUCAGGAUAUCCGAUAUCAACGAUAAUCCACCAAUCUUCACGCAAACACAAUACUCGGCUACUGUACUCGAGGGCAAUAUCAAAGGAGAUUUCGUCGUGAAGCUUUCAGCAAGUGAUGCCGAUCAAGGAUUGAACAGUAGAAUCUUAUAUCAUAUUGUGGAUGGUAAUCCAGAUAAUGCCUUCACAAUAAGUCCACCAUACAGCGGAGUCGUUCGGACCAAUAUAGUCCUAGAUCGUGAGAUCCGUGAGAAGUACAGGUUGACUAUUAUCGCAACUGACCAAGGAAACCCCCAAUUAACCGGCACCGCUGCAUUGAGCGUACGGGUAAUCGACGUCAAUGACAAUCAGCCUACCUUCCCGAAACACAGUAUCAUUUCAGUCUCCGAAGGUACUGCCAUGGGAACUGUGCUGACGACUAUCACGGCGAAUGACGUCGACAGUUCGCCGGCAUUGACGUAUCGAUUCGACGACAUGAGUUUGGGGCCCUUCAGCAUCGACCGGUACGGUGGUAAAGUUGUUUUACGGAAGCGUCUGGACGCCGAGGUGCGUUCUGAGUACACUCUUCGGGUGAUCGCUAGCGACGGGAUUCAUGAAGCGACGACCGAUCUCACGGUUCGUGUGACCGAUCUCAACGACAACACGCCGCAAUUCAAGCAGGCUGUCUACGUGGCUGUUCUUUCGGAAGGGCAAGGUAAGCAGGAAAUUCUGACGGUAAACGCUACGGACGACGACCUUUCGGAAGAGAACAGCCGAGUGCGAUAUUAUCUGCUGCGUCCCGUGAAGGGAUUUUCAGUGGAUCCCGCGACCGGCAUUCUGACUGUUAAUCACACAGCGAUAUCCAGGCCGAUACCAAAAGAGAUGGACUUGGCGAUUGUUGCGGAGGAUCAUGGCAAACCCGCGGCAUCGUCGGUGUGCUCGGUUGUAGUACGAUUUAGCAGUUUAAAGAGCGCCCUACCUGGGCGGGAAUACAAUUUCAUGGUGAAGGAAAGUGUGCCGAAAGGUACGACGCUGAUGAAACUUUCCGACGUAGACCUCCUGGAUGGUGCCAUCAUUGCGGGCGACGAUAGCGGAACAUUUGAGAUAUCUAAGGAUCGGCUCAUACUUUCAAAGACGCUUGAUCGCGAGACGAGGGACAGAUACAUGCUACAAUUGGGCAACAAGAUCGAAAACACGACGACAGGCUUACUGAUGGGAGAUGAACCGAUAAUAGUAACAAUCAACGUGGAGGAUGUCAACGAUAAUUAUCCGCACUUCCUGGAAAAGCUCUAUGAAGUAUCGAUCAAGGAAGACGCUCCGUACGGAACUACUAUUGCCGUCCUACAAGCCAAGGACGACGAUUUAGUUAAUACCACAGCGGCCACCCUCGUGUACGACAUUACCUCAGGGAACGAUGGUGGUCUCUUCCGUGUAGAGAAGACAACUGGCGCCGUCUUAGUAAACUCUACGCUUGACUGUGAUCUCGAGCCCGAAGUCUACAAUCUCGUGGUGAUGGUUUGCGACAGCGAUCCGACUUUGCCUCUUUGCGCACUCGCCAGUCUUCGCGUUUAUCUGGAAGAUGUGAACGACAAUUCGCCAAAGUUUCCGGUUUCCGAGUAUCUCGAGUUUGUUGGUGAGAAUGAGCCGAUUGGCACAAUUGUCUUCUCCGCGCGUGCUUCGGAUUUGGAUCGCGGCAUUUUUGGAUCAUUGAACUACUCCAUUGUUUCCGCCGCCAGCGGAUUCUCCGACAUUGAUGACAGUUGGAAGCUGUUCGCGGUCGAUGAAUCGGGUACCGUCAUCACUCGCGCCGUGUUUGAUUACGAGCAGCGGAAUCGGUACGCUUUUACAUUGCGUGCCACGGACGCAGGCGGUCGUACAGCGGCGGUGCGUGUCAGAGUGGAGAUUGACUCGAGGGAUGAAUUCUUUCCACAAUUUACCGAGAGGAUGUAUCGAUUCGGAAUAAGGAGCAGUACUCAAAUGUUGCCUGGCACAGUAAUUGGUCACGUGACGGCGACCGAUCGCGAUAAAGGACCCGAUGGUCGAGUCGUGUAUCAAUUAACAUCCCAACAUCCUUAUUUUAAAUUGAAUCGCACGACCGGUGCAUUGAUUGUGAAGCAGAAAUUGAUGCACAUCGAUAUGGACGAAUCACCCAGAUUAGUAGUCAGCGCGAGUUCCGGUAGACAGGGCUCUUUGUCUAACAUGACGGUAGUAGAAAUUACACUAAUGGAAGAUACCGAGCUGAACGGAGCUAGAGGAGCUACCGCUCUAGCGCCUACGGAUAUCGGUUCGAAUAUGGCUGUAGCUACUUCGGGUGGUUUAGCCGAUUGGGUCCUGGGUCUGUUGAUCGCUCUCCUUCUUCUCAUUCUCGCGUUUGGUGCCAUCUUUCUCUAUCUUCACAUUCGUAAUCGCCGUCAUAAGAAGCCCGGUACGAAGCCAGGUCUGAAUGGCGAGAGCAACGCUACUGCGUCAAACAGUUAUGUGGACCCGAGCGCAUUUGACACGAUCCCGAUCAGAAGUGUGGCCGGAGUCGGGGCGAGUGGAAACGGUAGUUCCGCAAGUGGCGGGGGAGCGGGUGGCGGCGCGUCCUGCCAGUUUGCCCCUCCGAAAUAUGACGAAAUACCUCCUUAUGGGACAUCCAGUCAAUCGGGACAACAGCAAGCUACCUCCGAGCUUUCCGGAAGCGAUCAGUCUGGUUCUUCUGGCAGAGGCUCCGCUGAGGAUGAUGGGGACGAUGAAGAAAUCAGGAUGAUCAAUGAGGGUCAACAGACCGGUGAUUCCGCGAGCGAUCUUUCAGUUCACAAUACUCAGGAAUACUUGGCUAGAUUAGGCAUCGUGGAUCCUCCAGCCGGUACGCCUAGGAGGCCUCCCGAAGCUUUGCCUCUGAACAGUUUGCAUCUGUUUGAAGAUGAGGCGAGCACCGAGGCAGAUAUAGCAACGUUGAUUUAUGGUAAGAUUGGGGAAUCUGGACGACCCACUUCUGGUCUGGAAGUACCAGGUGGACCAUCGAUGAAUGGUUCCCUAAGUUCCAUCGUGCACAGCGAAGAGGAGCUCACUGGUUCGUACAAUUGGGACUAUCUAUUAGACUGGGGACCCCAGUAUCAACCGCUAGCUCACGUAUUCAGUGAGAUUGCUAGGCUAAAGGACGAUGCCGCCAGCGUUCAAAGCGGAAACUCCGGCAGCAGCGGCAAGACUAAGUCUGUACAUAAAGCACCACCGCCACCAUUGCUCACGUCCGUCGCUCCAAGAUCGUUGGCGGCACCAGCGUUAGCGAGAGGAAUUCUACCAAGAUCGCCGAUCAGUCACGAUGCUUCUACCUUCCCUUCCGCUGCGCUAAGUCCGAGUUUUUCCCCCUCAUUAUCACCCCUAGCUACGAGAAGUCCUAGCAUUAGCCCCCUCGUACCACCUGCCACCCAGAGAUCGAAUCAAAGUGCCAACCGAGGAAUUCCCGUCGCUGAUGCCGAGCUAAGGAUUUGAGAAUACUCUGAUUUUAAUCCGGCGUACUUUGGGUACUAAUUUCUUAGUGUUAAUACAGUGAUGACUCGCCGGGAAUGCGAUAUCGGACGAUGCGGUACCUCGUGUAAUGCGAAUAAUUCCUGUUAAUAUGCGUUGUUAAAUGUGAUUUAUUAAUGGAUAUAUGUAUAUUGCUCUCUCAGACCGUGCGAACGUGAUCCGCGGGUAUAGUGUUAACGAGUUAUUUUAAUUUAGUAAUUUCAAUUUGAUCGACCAUAGGAAGAAAUCGUGGCCGAAUCAUUCUCCCUGUCACGCGCAAACGCUACUUUCCCGCGAUUAAUUGUUACUUAUUAAUUAAUUAACAAAAUGUUAACAAAAUAUAAACUUUAUAAAUAGUUUCGAUUCAACGCGAGGAGCGGUAUGAGUGAAACAGGAAGCGAAAAAGUGGCGAUUGCGCCUUGACAAUUCUAUAUCUGCUAUAUAAUACAAACGUUCUUUAUUCCGAUCGAUAGCUAACUAAAAACAAUUGUACUUUCUGAGCGGAAUGUUGUAAAUAUCCGCCGGUUGCGACGGCGUUUAGUCAUUAAGUAGCAUUGUAAAUAAUAUUCUAUGAGAAUAACGAUGUUGUCAUAAUCAAAAAGAAUAGACUGUCCUUACUGUAAACCGGAAACCGAAUGAUCGCGCCAUGUUCAUCAAGCCUUCGCGUGAAUGUGUGUAUAGUAAUCUAAUUUUAUUAUAUCGAAUCAGUUAAUACUACGACGAACAUGGCGAUAUCAUCCGAACUAAAAACAAAAACGCGCUACCACGAGCGAACUGAUCACACACUGUAUUUCGUGGCAGCGCAUCUCUAAAGACGUCCAUAUAUAUUCGUUGAUUAAUUGUUACUUCGUCCCCCGAACGCGAUCUCGAUGUAACGAGGGAUGGAAUUUCUCAGCCCGAUACAUAUAUACAUAACGCACUGAAUAUAUAUAUAAAUGUAUGUCAUAUUUUGUAUAAAAUUGUUCUCUGUACAAAGACUUCCAA